UUCAGCGGAGUUCAGUCGCGCCACUCGGCCGUGGUGUUCACGUGCCGCUACAAGCUCCGACGAUCUAUGUGACUUGAAGAUCUAACGAUUAUCUAUCUCUGUAUUAAAUAAUUCCAUUAAGUAGAGAAUACGAUCGUAAGCGGGCUGUGUCACCGUCCAGGUGUGCCUAUCCGGUAAAGUUUCGAGAGACGAAGAGGGAGAACGGAGGGUGUUGGUACGCGCUCGAUGUCCUCUUUCGCGGACAUUCGCCUCAAGGAUGUCUAAUGAAAACGCAGCAGUGUGCGGUUGCGGUAUAACCGUAGAUGUGUCCAGAAGGAAAGUACCAGUCCCGUUACCAAUAUGGAGACACGGCAAGUCCGAUGGGCGAAGCUCGAAAAAACAGCAAAACGAUGGCCGUGGAUCGAAAAAUAGAAAUUCUGAAACUGGAAGUAGUAGUUCUGUGAGCGAUCAUGCGAAGCCAAUGACGAAGAGCAGUAAACAGGAAAAACGUUUAAAUCACCAGAUGAGAAGUCGUAGCGUCGAACGCGGAAAGACUUAUUACACUUAUAUCGAUUCGAAUUCAAGCAUACUUAGCGGAGGGAAUCGUGAAACCAUACCAGAGGCUCUCUAUGUGACUAUACCGGAUACGCCGAAUGCGACAGCCAACGAUACCGGAAAUAGCCUAACGAAUUCGCAAAACCGAUCGCCACUUGUCUAUACCAUCCCUUCAAUGACUUCACCUCCGCCUACGUAUGACGCUUCCGUCGCAAAAUCAUGGCAGUCCGGUUUGCCGCCGACGUACGAAGAAUACUUAUAUCACAAAUACGAGAUGAUAUCGCGCUCGCACACACCUCCACCGCCUUGGUCAGAUUCAACGACGAAUUCGUCAUCGACAACUCCAUCCUCUUCGGUUAUCCGAACACGUCGCGAGCUUGAAGAGUAUCUCGCACAGCUGACGAUCUCCCAGAACAACGAGCAUCUUUAUCAAGCUCAGCAACAUCAACAACAGCAGCAACACUCUGGUACUGUCCAUCGGGACGUUGGUGGUUGUCUCACGAAUCAGCAAGUCUGCAGGGAACAGCAGAUCAGAGCUCAACAACGAACACGACCGAUGCCUCCCAGGUCGCAGAGCGAGAGUCGAGCGCAACAGCAAAGACUCGCAAAGCCGUACGAUGAUGGUGCUUUUUGCAUGGAAACAACGGCAUUAACAUCGAUGUUCGAGCAUGGCGUAGCUUUUUGUAGCUUGAUGUAAGAGAAGACUUUCAAAAAGGGACGCUGUUACAAGACCAAAAGUCUCGAUCAUAACUUCCAUUAUCUGAGAUAAGGAAGAUUCAAAAGCAUAAGUAAAAAGAAAAUUCGUAAUUGUUCUUAUCGCAUAUAUCAUUGAGUUAUACUAAUCAAUGUCUACCACUGAUCUAUCGAUCGAUCAAUUACUUUCUAAAAUAUAAUGGAAAAAGGAAAAGCAAGAAAAAACGGCUGAAUGGCAUUAAACAGAAAGUCGCUUAUUUUCUGAAUUAUUGCUGGACAUAAUGUAUUUGAUUCUUCGAUUUUCUAACUAGGUAACAAUAACACAUAGAUGAUCCCAUAUAAAAAUGUCUAUACAUACUAUAUAUUAUUAAGUAUUUGAAUACGAGUUAUAAAGAAGUAUUUAUUGUGUAUGUGCAUGCUCAUAUGUAUAUGUGUAGAUUAAUUUUUAAAUAAGUGUACGUUAUUUUUUAUUAGCUUCAUCUAUUACAUCCGUAACAUCAGGUUUAAAUUCUGAUGUAAAUCGCCAACAAAAACGAACGGUUUUAUAAACGCGAUGCAAUAGAUAAUCGUAACAUAUGGAAAAUCGUAAAACAGAGAAAACGAUCUAGGAAGCUCUCAGUAUUCGCCCUAUGCCA